AUAGAGAACACAGGAAGCAUACCCAUCUCUGUAAGCCCUAGCCGUCCCCUCCCGCCCCUCAGGAACCGAACGACCACCGGUGAUCAAUUGCCGUCUGCCGACGCCAAUCGCUCAUCUUCUCGAUCAGUUUCCAGCAACGUAGCACAAUUCCGACAGGUCUGCGGGCGAGGGAUGUCGAGGCUUAGACAAAUGGUGCCGUUGUUUCACAGCCGGCUGCAAGUUUUACGGGCUCAACUUCAGCCGCUGAGUUCUGCCGCCGACGUGCCUUCUCCUGAUGCCAUCCACAUGACGGAUAAUUGUGUCCGGAGAUUGAAGGAGUUGCAUGCAACUGAGUCAUCCAACAAAGGAAAGAUGCUGCGGUUAGGGGUGGAAACAGGUGGUUGCUCUGGCUUCCAAUAUGUGUUUUGUCUAGAUGACAAGAAAAAUUCAGAUGACAGGUUUUUUGAGAAGGAUGGUUUUAAGUUGGUGGUGGACAAUGUCUCUUAUGACUUUGUCAAAGGAGCAACUGUUGAUUAUGUCGAGGAAAUGAUUCGCUCGGCAUUCCAGGUGGUAUCAAAUCCAAGUGCAGUUGGUGGCUGCAGCUGUAAAAGCUCCUUUAUGGUCAAAUAGCUGGAAGUUCUUUUAGACUAGUUGUAACAACUGGAGUGGGCAUCCCACCAUAUUCGCCUUCAGAUAUGGAUAAUCCUUGUUUAUGGACAGUUUUACCUUCUGCCUCUUCGAUUUUUGUAUCUGAGCUGUCAAAAGCCAAAAUUAACCUAUUUUUGUUGAUAUUAAUUACUUACUAAGUUUACUGACUACAGAUAUCUGUUGUAGUCGAUAAUUGUUAAAUUAUUCCACACACGUUGAAACAAAUUAACAGUUUGGUGUUUUUCCUACAGGAUGAACCUGUGAAAUAACACAAUAAACAGUUUGGUGUUC